ACAGCGCAUUUGGGGGAUGCUCAAUGUGCGACUGGCUCGGAGUGGCUGUAACUCUGCACCACGGCUGAAUUUAGGGAACGUCUUUGAAUACUGUGUUAGUUGCCCACUAAUACCUAUAUUAAAGAAUACAUAAAAUAGCAUGUCAUGGGACCUUUAAAAAGUCUUAAAUUCGUCAAAAAUGUCAUAUGCUGGUCUUAAAUAAAUAACUCGGAGGUCCUAAAUUUGUCGGGGCAGGGCUAUUUUAUUUUUCUCGCGGGACUUUUCGGGAAGGCUACUUUCUUGCUAGCUGCAUAUAUAAACGGAUGUCUGCGCACUUGCUAGCUAGUCUGCAACAAUGGGCAAAUGCAAGUUCAACGUCAGUUGGCUGGAAGACGUCCGUUUCCGAGGUUGGCGAGCGUCCGUUGCCAACCCAGAACAGGCCAAAUGCAUUCCGUGCAAAAGUACAUUCAAGCUCGGCACCAUGGGGAUUAAGGCUGUCGUCAGCCAUAUGCAGAGCCAAAAACAUAAAACCUCUGCCAGGAGCCACACACAGACCCCAGCCAUUUCUACGUUUUGCAUCUCUGCCCCGGCGCCACCGCCGCAGACGGUCUGCGCUGCUAGCACUGACCUGAGGGUAGCAUUUGGUGCGACACCAACACUAAAAGCGGAGGUGUUGUGGAUUCUAAACACAGUGGUCAAGCACCAGUCCUACAACUCGAAUGAGGGGAUAGGAAAUCUCUUCGGUUUGAUGUUCCCUGACUCUCAAAUCGCGAGCACCUUUACUGCUGGAAAGGACAGGCGUAUAUAACUCGCUUCGGACUAGCGCCUUUCAUCUGAAACGAGCUAAUCUGCAGCGUCAACAAGGCUGAUUUUGUUUUGAUCUUUGAUGAAACGUUGAACCACGCCACUAAAAGCAAGCAACUUGACGUGCACGUCCGAUAUUGGGUCGGAGAUCAAGUGCAUUCCCGGUACUUGGGCUCGCAAUUCAUGGGACACGCAACAGCCCGAGAUUUACUGCACCACUUCAAAGAGUGUGUGGAGGAGCUGAAUCUGAGGAACAUGGUGUCUAUCUCAAUGGAUAGACCCAAUGUAAAUUGGAAAUUCUUUGAGCUUCUACAGCAAGAGCACGCUGAGCAGUAUGGUGGUGUCCAGCUGGUGAAUGUGGGUAGCUGUGGCCUCCACACCCUACAUAACGCAUUCAAAUGUGGAUUCUCUAUGUGGCAACUGGAGAAGGUGUUGAGGGGGAUGCACUACCUUUUUCAUAACACACCAGCAAGGAGGGAUGACUUCAUUGCCCUCACCAAAUCCUCAGUCUUCCCGCUACCAUUCUGUGGGCAUCGGUGGAUUGAAAACCUGCCAGUUGUGGAAAGGGCCAUAGACGUAAUAGGCCAUUUUUUGGUUCCAGCCCUGCACAUACAUGAUGAAAUAUUAAAGGUAUGGCCUUCACUGGUGACGUACGUGGAUGCAGUGCAGACAAAGAACGUUCCAAACCCUGGAACAGCCUCAUUUGACACCACAGAAGCAGCCAAGCAAGAUCCACUCAUCUUGCCUAAGCUACAAUUCUUCAUGGCCAUCUCAAGGACGUUCACUCCCUUUCUGACUAAGUAUCAGACUGACGCACCAGUCAUGCCAUUCCUUUGCAAGGACUUGGUGGAGUUGUUCCAGAGUAUGCUUAGGCGUUUUGUCAAGAGGGAGCAUCUCCAAAACAUCACUCCACUGCAGCUGGUGAGGCUGGAUGUGGCUGACCAAAAGAUCUGGGUCAACUUGAAGGAAGCUGACAUAGGCUUGGGUGCAGAGGCAGCCCUGAAGGUGAUGUGAUUAUCCAACAGUUUGGGAACUUCAUGUCUGUCGAGGCUAAAAGUGAGAAGUUUUUGUCCUUCCGGCCCAUAGAAACCAGGCUUGAUGUGUUUCUGCAUGGCUUUCUCAGCCAACCCUACCCUGGGCUUUGGGGUUUCUGUCAGAAGAUCCUACUGUUAUCCCAUGGGCAGGCAACGGUCGAGAGAGGCUUCUCGAUUAAUAAGGAGGUGGAGACUGUAAACCUUAAGGAGGACACUGUCAUUGCCCAGAGACUGGUAUGUGACUACGUUGCCGUUUGUGGGGGGGUUGCCAAUGUCCCUCUCACCAAGGAGCUGCUGACCUCGGUGGGAUCAGCAAGGUCAAAAUAUAGCGAACACCUUGACCUGGAAAAGAGGAAGAGCCAAGGCGCUGCACAAGGGCAGAAGAGGAAAGCUGCAGAAGAACACAUCGCUGAGCUUAAAAAGAAAAAGAAAACUCUCCUGGAGGUAUGUGGCUCUCUGGAGAAAGAUGCUGACCUGUUUGCCGAGCAAGCUGAGGGUAAGUCCGGCACCUUGAUGGCUCAGCUCAUUACGAAAUCAAACAUCCUCAGGAAGAGAUGCAAGGAAAAAUUAAGUGAGCUGAAAAGCAUUGAGGCAGAACUGGAGAUUAAAGCCACAGAACUGAGGCUCAUAACGUGUGUGUGUGUGCGCAGUAGGUCCAUUCGGGUUUUUUUGUUAGAGGUUUGCAGCUGCACUUGUUAUUUCGUGAACUACAGAGCACACUGCUGUUUGACUCAAUGUACUAAAUUUGUUUGUAUAUUUUGUAUUUUUGUAUAUUAUUUUGUAUACUUCUUGGUCGGAAACAUGCACUUGUUCUUAUAGUUUUUGAACCAGAGAGCACUGAGUAUCACUUUAUGUUCAAUAAACAGACAGAAAGUAAACUUGAAUGAGUCUCAUUGAGUGACACACAUGCUAUGCUUGGGUUGUAAUACAGCGGGAUCCCCCCGCCAUCGCGGGUUUAAGGUCUUAAAUUUCAUUCAAGGUGGUAUUAAAAAGGUCUUAAAAAAUCUUAAUUUUGACUUGCUGAAACCUGCAGAUACCCUG